AUGUCGCUUCUCUCCCGUCUUCGAGCGUUGCAGCAGGAAGACCCAGUGCCACUGACCAGUUUGGACGACUUGACGCUGGACGAUCUGAUGAACGAGAAAGUUCAGUUCGGACAAAAGCAUUUGGGCCACACGCACAUGGAGGCAUGGCAGGAUCAACCUUGGAUCACAUACAUGAUCACUCACUACGGCAAGAGCCAGACUCCGGCUCACCGCCGACUGCUCCGAUUUGUGGAGUUGAUGAUCGAGCACCACGAGAAGGACCAGGUGAUCAUCCCGGUUCGACCUCCCCAAGAAUCCGUGGCUGGGUAUGCAGGGACUUCCGGCCGUUCUGGAAGCGUGUUUCCCCAGUCCAAGAUGAAGGCCCGGCCAUCCGGCCAAACUCAAGCCAUCUCCUUGGACGACGGCACGGAGGAGGAGUUCGAGAUGUAUGCAUCGACGACUAUGAACCAGCCCAUCACCGAAAACCCGGAGUUCAAGGCCAUCCAAGAUCGGAUGUUGAACCUCGAGAAUGCCUUGUCCCGAGUGAUCCAUCAUCUCGAGUCCAAGAUCGAGGAGGUGCGUUCCAACCAAUUUGCCAAGAACCGGAAUCGACCUGUGUUUCCGCGUUCUCAAUUGAUCGCUCCAGAUGCUGACCCUCCUGAAAUGGCGAAACGGAGGGGCACAGAUCGCACCUUGGGCCCCCCCAAGAAUAUCCAUAAAGACUCAGCACCAUACCGAAAGUCCUUGAUGAUCCUUCGAAAUGAUGACAGUGGGUCAACAGAAUCCCAGCCCGUCAUGCCAGAACCGCCGAGCCCUGAGCGGCCCGAAACUUUUGACUCAGAGAACGAAGAAGUCUCUGAACAGCGUACCACGAAUCCGGCCUCUGAGACCACAGAGGGACACCCUGACAGCUCUGAGCUUCCCGAGGAUCUGACACAAUUGCAGAAUCAGAUCCGACGCAUGAAUCAAGAUCCCAACAGCUUACCUCCGAUAGAUGAAGAUCAACUUCUCGAGGCGGUCGAACCUGGCUUCCAAGAUCAGUCAGACACCGGGCUUUGGGUCGAUUCUCAACUCGCUUGUGGUGAGAUCCUCUUUCGAAUAGGAUCCUCCGUAAACCCACAGCCCUACGGCACCUCCGAAGCGACGGAUGGAGUCCGUCGUCACGAUGUUCGUCGCCGCCGGUUCCAUGAUCUGAACACCGCCUGCAUGACAGUCCUUCCAUUUGCCGCGGCCAUUGUUGCCCAAAGGGGCCCCUUGCAGAUAGGAAACAUCAUUUCAUUGGUCAUUUUGACCCUCUGGCUGAACCUUUGGUGUGAUUUGAAUUCAUUGGAAACGCUCCCCAGUGCUACCAAUUGCAUUGGUAGCGGAGCAGUCUACGCUCCAGCGACUGACUCCUGCCCAUUUACGCUACCUGGGCGCUCUGCUGAACUGGUGACUUUGGGGAUGUUUUCCAAGGAGAAAAGUGACAGUUAUGUCCCUUCAUGGGAUGGCAGCUCUCGAACAUGGAGACGAUACUGCAAGGAAGUGGCAUGGUUCAUGAGUGGAACAAAAGCAAAUCAACGACAGUAUGCUGCUGCGAAACUGAUUACGCGAUUAACUGGUGCUGCAAGACUUUUGUCUAUGAGUUGGCAUAAUCGUGACUUCAUGGGUGAACAAGGUGUUUCAAAGAUGCUACGUUGUUUUGCUUCCUCUCCCUUAGUACGGAGGUCUCUGCCGAAUGCUGCAUCAACAAUGAGUGAAUAUUUCAAUUUUCGAAGGCGACCCAAUGAGCCGAUUGCGCAGUUUCUGGUGCGCGAAGCUCUUGGGUUCGAGGAGUUUCAAGAGGCCUUGCUGCAAUUGAAGGAGGAACGUGAUGGUUUGGACCCAUCACAACGACAAUUCGAUCUUCCUGAGAUCACUGGCCUAAGUGCAGGCAGUUCUGGAGCCCCAGCACAGGACCAUGAACCUUGGUGGAAUGGUCGUUGGGGUGAAUGGCGUGGUGUGAUUCAUGGAGAUGAUGAAGAUGAUGAUGAACCCGUGCAGGGUGAUGCAGGUCCUUCUCAGCGGCCUGAUGGAUAUGCCGAAGUGCCUCAAACAUCUGACCCAGGUUCUCCAGUGAUUGGCCCUUCUGAACAAGCAAGACGACAGAACAUGCAUGGCUCACCAACUCAGAGCCCUAGUCGAAAAGUUGCCACUCACCGGAAACCACAUGGUGCUGAGGAUGUUUUGAGCCCCAUGGACAGUUUUAUUUUGGAUGUGAUGCGAGGAGUUGGAAAACAUUUAUCCCAAGCUGAACUUGAUGCGUAUUUGUUGAAGGGCAAAGGCAAGGGCAAAUUCAAGGGUCUUCAUGCAGUAAGUUGGGACGAUGGUUGGUAUGGGGAUAGCUAUGAAAACUAUGGCAUGUUCAAGGGUAAGGGCAAAUAUGGUAAGAACGUCAAGGGCAAGUACAAACCCUCCUUGAACACCUAUGUCAUGGACUAUGACUACCAUUCUGCCUAUUGUUUGGAGCUUUUCCCAUUAGAGUUGUUUUCAACAUCACAACCUUCCACUACGGGUCCUCAACGCUCAGUUCCCCUUGGGUUUGGUAUGUUGGAUUGUGGUGCAACUGCUUCAGCGGGACCGGAGUCAUCCGCAAAGUUGCUGAUUUCCAAGUUGCGUGAAAUCGAUCCUCAAAUUGGUGUUCAUUUGGAUGAUUCUCGAAGACCUUAUUUUAGGUAUGGUUCUGGCCAAUGGGGACAAUCACUAUACCAUCUGACCUUGGUUUCAGCGAAAAAUCCUGCAAGAACUUUUGAGAUGUAUACCUUGCCUGACCCCGAUGGUUUUGUCUACGGUUGGUCUUCACCUUCACAACUGGUACCCAUUCUUGUUGGCAUGGAUCAUUUACAAAAGAUCGGUUUGGUUUUGGAUUUUUCUGAUGGAUUUGCACUACAUGGUGCUGAACCUGAAGCUGAACCCUAUUGCCUGCACAAGAACCCCAAGGGUCACUUCAUGAUUGACUUGGUGUACUACCUGUGUGGUGUGAUCUCCGAUGCCGAGGCCAUUGACACCUUUGCGGCAACCAUGGAUGGCGCUUCGCCUCAAUCUUCAGGACAGGGAUCCUGGUCCUGGUUGGAAUUGGGUCCAAUGGAGUUAAUGGCAGUUUCUCAUGCACAAGCUUCAGAUUCACAACAUGCAAGCAAGUCCGUGGCAGCUCCAAAGAGCCCUUCGUUGCCUCUCGAGCACGACCGAGCUCUACCAGCAGAUCCUCGAGAUCCUCGCAGCCAAUCAACAUGGCCUUGCAACGGCUCUCACGAGCACAAGACCAAUGGCGGCAACGCUUCGGGCACUUGGUCGGAUUGUGCAACAUGCGGCCUGAGGCUGAGCUACAUUCCUCGCCAAGGUACUCCAGCAAAGUACAUGACCCAGAAUGCCCCGGAGGUCAUCACCAAUGCCCUGAAGAUGCUGAAGGAGCACUUGACCGAGGACCAAAAGCCCAAUGCCAGCAUGGUGAAGACUUGCAUCAGGCUGGUGGAAUCUUCGAUGGCGAUGGAAGCGCACAAGGCCAAGCUGACCUUGAUGGAGGCCCACCACCAAAGCCUCAAAGCUCACCUCCAGCUGCUCCUUGCCGCGCCAGUGACCCAGCUAUGCGAGGAGGAUCAGAACGAGGCCCAGAGUCUGCUGUCAAUGCUGACCGGAGACGAAAUUGCCAGGCUGAGAGAGAUUGCUGCAGAACGAGUUCAAGUGUUUCCCAUGUCUCCGCCCGACUCCGAGGACAACAAUGAGCCUGAGGAUGCGUCUUUAGCUGGGGACUUUGAGCUUUUGCACUUUGUCGAGUCGAAGAUGAUUGAAGGGAAUCCUACAGUUGGUGGCUCUGCAAAGUUUUGUGGCCUACCUUUGAAGAUUGGCCGUGCUGCAGCAUCCUUGAUGGCAAUGCUGAUGCUUCAUGCUCAAGUAGGUCUUCAAGGUCUACUACGUGGUGAUGAAAGGGUAGAUUGCUGGGAGCUCUUUUGUGCACCUGACAGCUGGCUGACCGCUGCCUGUCAAUCUGAAGGACUUCGAGCUUCCCGCAUCAACCUUCACCAAGGCUAUGACUUGUACCAGCCUUCGACCUAUGAUGAGCUGCGAGAAAGAUUCCACCGUGAAAGACCCAAACGUGUCUGGGUUUCAACAAGAUGCACAUACUGGUGCCCCUGGACUUCUUUGAACUACAGGUCCAUUGAGCAAAAGCAGAACUUGGAGAAGUUCCGGCGCAAAGAACGAGCUAUGUUCAAGCUGCUCAUACCCUUCCUGGUGGAGAUGCUCACUGCAUACCCUGACACUGAGCUGUUCUGGGAAUGGCCUACAAGAUGCUAUGGCUGGAAAGAAUCCUGGCUGGAAACCUUGCAACGUGAGCUUCAUCGACUUGACCGUGAUUGGCUUUUUGGUCGAAUCGAUGGUUGCAGGUAUGACCUUCGCUCUCAGCUUGGACUUUUGCUGCAGAAGCGAUGGACAAUUGCCACAAGCUCCAACAGCUUCUUCCAGACCUACCGCAACAAGACCUGCGUGGGCAACCAUGACCACGACUAUGUGCAGGGAUUGGAGACCAGCCGCAGUGCGUACUACCCUUGGAAGAUGUGCAAGUCCAUUGCACAACACUGGCGCCGAGAACUUUAUCCUGAAAAGUGGCUUCAUCGACUUCACUCUCCAUUACCUCUUCACCUCAACAUGGCUGAGCAAGAACACACCUUGCGGUUGGACUUGAUGCCGCAGAUGCUCCAAGAUGAACAACCUUCAGCACAAGAUCUUCGCACUUGGCAACUUCAACUUCUGAAGUACCACAAGGCUGCUGGUGACCUGAUGCGCUCAUUUCUUUCUGACGUGGGCAUCCAACUGGAAGUGCCACCCGUGAAGGAGAGUUGGAGUCAUGGCAUUAUGGAGCGAUGUGUCCAAGAGAUCAAAACGGUUGCCUCCAAACUGACCUUGUCUCAUCCUGAGAUGUCUGUUCAAAAUGUAUUGGCCUUGACCACAAUGGCUUUGAACUCAACCGAAACGGUGCGUGGAUUUUCACCGUAUCAAUGGGUCUAUGGCCAAAAGUUCACCUUGGAUGAUGAAGAUGAGCGGGCUAUGGCUCAACUGACGCCAUCAACCGCUGCUUUGGACUUUACGCAGCUGAUGGUGAAUCGCCGCGAAGCUGAGGCGAUGGCUCGUCAAGUUCAUGCGCAACGAGUCUUGGUGAAACUCAAGAACAGCAAAGUCAGGCAACCUCUCCAGGUCUUCAAGCCCAUGGACUUAGUGAAGAUUUGGAGAAAAUACUCCGCUGAUGGUGGUCCCCGUGGCGGUCUAAAAAAGAUCAGCCGACCUCAAUGGCUUGGUCCUGGACGUGUGGUGUUUCAUGAAGUCAUCCAUGGACAACAUGAAGGUGAUGAGCGUAGGCACAUUGUCUGGGUCAUCGUUGGUGGCUCUAUGCAUCGAUGUUCAGUUCAUAGUGUGCGAAAAGUCAAUGAAAGAGAACGUUUGGAAUAUGAGCUUCACAACCCUGAAGAUCCUGCUCAAUGGCAGAGCCUAGCUGAUAUGAUUCCAAACCGUUCCUACAUCGAUGUCACCAACGAGGAGCCUGACGAGAACGAGGAAGAGGGUCCACAUCUUCCCCUUCAACCUGAUGCUGACACCAUGAAAAUGCCUGAGUAUGUGCCCAAAACGCGACACACCACGAAGUCUGGACCCAAGUGGCAUCAAGUUUUUCCACCACCUGCUGAGCCCAUGCCUUCCAUUUUGGAAGAAUUGCCACCAGUGCCACCUGACACUGCACUGGAUGAAAACGAUGUGGUCCCAUCACCUUCUACUCCAGCUGAUGAUCCUUUGAAUGAUUAUGGUGAUCCCACAUACGUUCCUGAUAGCGAUGAAGAUGUUGGCAACACUGGCAUAGGCAGUGGCCGUGGUGAUAGUGAUGCUCCGGAUGAUGGCCUUUCUCAACAACAACCUCUUCUACAACCCCGAGCUUCUUCUGACAAACCACCUCCUUCAAAUGAGCCUGAAUCCAAAAGACAGCGUGUUGAAGAUGAAGAACAAGCACUCUACAACUGUUUUAUGGAAGUGGAGGAGUGCUACAUGCUUUCUGUAGAGUUGGAUGUGACCUCUCAACGCCAAAAACAACAGUUUGUCAAACAUCCAAGCCUCUUUUUGGCACAAAAGAUGCGAGAUUGCGAAGUCAGGUUGACCCGCCUGAAACCUGAACAUCGCGAACUUUUCGACCGUGCCAAGACCAAGGAAGUGAACUCCUUCAUCUCCAAUGCUGCAGUCCGCAACUGUGGCACGAAGCUGAUUUGGUUAGCUAGUGAUUGGAAUUUGUCUGAUGGCUUAACCAAGAAGAAGCCUGAAUGCCGCGAAAGCUUGGCAUACUUCAUGAAGCAUCGCCGAUGGAUGCUGAAAUUCGAUCCCGAGUUCAUAGUGAGCUCCAGGAAGCAGAAAGCUGUGAGUGGAUCUCCAGCGAUGCAACUUGCAGGAACCAGCAAGAACUCAGAAGAAUUUUUGGGUCCAUGCAAUUCUGAGAAUUUUCAUGGUCAUUUGUCCAGCUCUUGA